AUGACUUUCUACGCAAUCGGAAAUUUAGAUGAUCGUAUUAAGAAUGCAGAUCAAGCCUUGACUCCUCCAUUUGGAAAAAUGGUAGCAGAGGAACAAAAGUUAGAGGGUGAAUUCCGGUUUACACACUCGCGUCUCAUCGAGAAUGCUGAAGAAAUUGCCCUCUAUUCUGGCCAUGAAGUUGAAAAGUCCAUCCUAGAUCGUAAUUAUUUUGCUUUAAUCAAGCAUAUUAACAGAAUUUUCCGUAAACGUAUUUACCACGGAAUGCUGGAAGAUUUCAUAAUUAAGUAUUUCUGGGGUGCUAUGGGAUUGGUUCUUUGUUCGGUACCCGUUUUCUUUACUAUAUCGGAUAACAAAAAGGACAGUCUUGGUUCGCGUGCAGAAGGAUUUAUAACCAACCGUAGAUUGUUGAUGAGUUCAUCCGAUGCAGUUGGUCGUAUUAUGUAUUCAUACAAAGAAAUUGCAGAAUUAGCUGGAUACACCGCUAGAGUUUCAGAACUCUUGGAUGUUUUUGAAGAAGUUAAAGCUGGCCGGUUUAAAAAACAACUCGUUUCAUCAGUUUCGAUUGAAGAGAACGCUAAAGUAUUAUCUGGUCGUGGAAAUGUCAUCGUAGAUGAAAACAUUGAAUUCAUCGAUGUUCCAAUCGUUUCUCCAAAUGGCGACGUUUUGCUAAAAAAAUUGAGUUUCCAUGUAAAACCUGGAAUGCACUUGUUAAUUGUUGGUCCAAAUGGAUGUGGUAAAAGCAGUUUAUUUAGAAUUUUAGGUGGAUUAUGGCCUGUAUACGACCAAGAUUUGCAAGAAAUUCUAAACGUAGUUCAAUUAAAUAGUAUUGUUGAUCGCGAAGGUGGUUGGGAUAAAGAACGUGAGUGGAAAGACGUUCUUGCAGGUGGUGAUAAGCAAAAAUACGAUGGACAAGGUGGUUAUGUGUUCACUCAACUUGACGCCAAACGUAGGCUGGAAUUACAAGAAGAAAAACAAAGCCUUGAACAGAAAUUAAUUGAGGUGCCAAAAUUACAAACGAGAUUAGAACAAUUGAAAGCUAUUUUGGAAGAACGAGAUAAAUUAGUAAAUAACCAAGGUGGAAGUUCAACACCUUAUAAUCAAGAUAGUGUCUCAUCUUUUG